CGGGCGUUCGCCGCUCGGGGCCGCCGCCGCGAGCACCUCGCGAUGGCGACGGGGAUUGCGGCGUGGAAGGGCCACAAUGUAGGACAACCGACGCAGCGCAAGAGCUACUAUGCGACGAGCGCCUGCGGCUGCGGGGACAAGGCCCGAAUCGAGGAGGGCGCCCGCGCCCGCCAGGGGGCCGCAGCCGACGAGCUCGAGGAGGAGGGCGUGGAGUACGUGACGACCAUCUCCAGGCUCAGGCGGCAGUCGUUCGCCGUGAUCGCGCCGCGCGCGGGCGCGGAGGUGCCGAUCAACAGCGGCGCGGGGGGCAUGGUGGGCGAUGCCUCCGAGCCCGAGCUCUUCGUGUUCAACUACCGCAUAGCGGUCCAGAAAUGGGCCCUCGUGGGCCGGGCGGCGACGGAGAAGGCGAUGCUGAUAGACUUCGAUGACCGCCUGCCCGCGAUCGAUGCGAGCCCGGGCGGCUUCAUGGAUGACUUCUUCAAGACGCAGCUGGUCCCGACCAGCAUCCGCGCGGCCAAAGAAGUGGCGAACCUCUCACAGAGGAAAAGUGCAGGCUUGGGCCAGGCGCUGGCAGCGAGGGGCGGGCGCGAGCUGAAGUACCUGGGCGGCUGGUUCGACGCAGUGGGCUCCGAUGCGACCGAGCUGCCCUCGCGGCUGGCAGCCAUCAACAAGGGCUGGGUGAUGGCGCAGAUUUUCUGGAACGCAGCCGCCCCCAAGCGCGUCGAGCGCCUCAUGUUCAUUGGCUUGGUCUCGGGGGCGGCUCUGCCGGGCACUGCGGCGCGUUGUUGGGCGGGCGCAGAGGCUCGAUACAUGUGCAGUUCAAUUUCGAGGAAGUUGAGAUCGAUGAUGGGUGGGGCGGCCAGAAGGCAGAACGAUCGUGUGACGGUGAUGACGACGAGGGAAGUCUACAGGUUAUGGGGCCUCGCCCCGUUCAGUCUGGAAGCGACAGUGCAGCGCCUCCGCGCGUGGCAGGAGAUUGCGCGCGACCCGAGGAACCGCGGCCGCAUCCUCGGGGUCUUCUUCGAGAUGACGCGGGGGGCGACCUGUGAGCACCGUUGCCCACCAACGCAUGUGGAUUCUGGGCAGUUCAAUGCAGAUGCUGUAGUUCACCCCUGGGCGCGCCAGCUGCGACGCGACCUGGAAGUCCUCUGCGGCUGCUCCGAGGCGGAGUCCUUUUCGCUUGCCUGGGAGAACCGCUCUGUGAAUGACUUGCCCUGGGACGAGGAGGUGAACGGCCUCUUUGUCUCCCUUGACGCAGGGUGCCUGCGGAGCGCCUUCGCUGCAGUGCAGUGGGCGCCGCCAGACGCGCCGGAGGCGUCAGUGCCCGUUGCCCAGGACGGGGAAAACAGCUGGGAAGAUUCGGGAGCUCAGAUGUUCGCAU